AUGGCGAAGAACCAUGAGGAACUUGAUCAGUAUGGCAGCAUGUCGCUGGAUCCACCUGCUAGUCCACAAUACUAUGAGGGUGGUCGAGGCAGCGAAGGCAUUGAAGAGAGAGACAGCAUAAUGGAAGAAAGCGACUCGGACACGAUUGGCAGGUCUGCCCUUGAAGUAUGUAUCCUUCUCCAUGUCUACAGGCCUGUUUUUGCAACAGCAUAA